UUAAGGAGUUCGAACAAGAGCGGUUCCCGCGUAAAUAUUGUGUCCCUGUGGACUGACUGUGGACUCCUGGAGCUAGUGUGUUGUGUGGUUUAAGCCGCCCGGCACCUGUCAUCUGCCUCAAAAGCCAUGGGAAUUAAAGAUAAGGAUGUUAAUCUGCCGUGGGUGGAGAAGUACCGGCCUGCAACAUUGCAAGAUCUGAUCUCCCAUGAGGACAUUAUUUCCACAAUUGAGCGCUUCAUAGAUGCGGAUCACCUACCUCAUCUUCUUCUGUAUGGACCACCAGGCACAGGAAAGACUUCCACUAUUUUGGCUUGUGCUCGUAAGCUUUAUACACCAAAGGAGUUCAAUUCAAUGGUUUUAGAGUUAAAUGCCUCAGAUGAUCGUGGUAUUGGCGUUGUAAGGGAAAGGAUCUUGAAUUUUGCCAGUACACGGACCAUAUUCAAAUCAGGUUUCAAAUUGGUCAUACUGGAUGAAGCUGAUGCUAUGACUAAUGAUGCUCAGAAUGCAUUAAGGAGAGUAAUUGAAAAGUUCACUGAAAAUGUUCGAUUUUGUCUCAUCUGCAACUAUUUAAGCAAGAUUAUCCCUGCCAUCCAAUCCCGCUGUACACGGUUCAGAUUUGGACCCCUUACUUCAGAGCAGAUCCUUCCCAGGCUGAAUUAUGUUAUAGAACAAGAAGAGAUCAAUGCGACUGAGGAUGGCAAAAAAGCUUUGUUGACCCUUUCUGGUGGAGACAUGAGAAGGAUCCUAAAUAUUCUUCAGUCUACAUCUAUGGCAUUCAAUGAAGUAACAGAAGAUAAUGUAUAUUUAUGUGUAGGCCAUCCAUUACGUUCAGAUAUCACCAACAUCCUGAACUGGAUGUUGAAUGAAGAAUUUGAGACUGCCUACAAGAAAGUGGCUGAACUGAAAGUGGCCAAAGGACUUGCUCUUCAUGACAUCUUAACAGAACUCCAUACGUUCUCACACAGAAUUGAAUUUCCAGUGGAAGCAAGAGUGAAGCUAAUACAGGACAUGGCAGAGAUAGAAUGGCAUCUUUCAGCUGGGGCAUCUGAAAAGAUACAGCUCUCUGCAGUCAUAGCAGCAUUUGCUAAGGUCAAGUAUAUGGUUGCAGAGAUGACAUCCACUUAAACUUAAAGAACUAAUAAAGCAAGGGGAUCAGUCUCCUCCUUUUUAAAAGGUAUAUGUGAGAGUAUGUUGCACCAUACAUCACAACAUAAUAAAAAUACAGGUUACUCAUGAAUAAAUAUUUAUAUGUUA